AUGCGAAGGCGUGAUUUUGACAAAAGACAAUGGGAAAAUGUCCGUGUAUACGAACAGUAUAAUGUUCCAGAUUCUUAUCGAAAUAAAUCUGAAUUAGCACGAUCAAUCCAAGCUGACAAACGAGCAGAAAAAAGACGUAAAGACAAGCAACCUUUAAAAUCUUCAAAUAAAGUUUCUAGUGCAUCAAAGAAACAGAGAUGUAAUUCACGAAACAAGGAAAAUGAAAAUGAAAUUAUUUUAAUAGACGAUGAUAAUUUACUUGAUCAGCAAGUAAAAAUUAAUAAACUAGUGCUAGAAAAGUUACUUCUUCAGAAACAAACAAAUGAUGAACUCGAAAAAGAGAUUAUGUUGCUUGAAAGGCGAAAUCGCAUUUUAGCAGGAAAAUAG